GUCAUGCACGCGAGCUGACGGGGAUCCACAAAGUCCAUGAGGCUGGAGCCAACGUGGCCACGGCCCGUUCCGUUCCGUUCCUCGCAGCCGGCCGAGUCCGUCCCCAGUCCCCACGGCCACACCACUGCGCGCAAGUACGCCACCGAAACCCUCCGCCGCCCGAACCCUAGCCAAUGCAACCAAUCUGAUCCGCGACCUCGCGAUCGAUCGAUUGAUCCUCUCGCGGCGAUCCAUGGAGGGAAUCCGCUGCGCUCUGGAGGAAGCGUCACAGCAGGAGGGGCCUGAUGCAGAGCUGAAGGUAACUGAGCGCGGCCGCCCCGUGGAAGCGGAGGAGGAUGGGCAAGAGGAGGAGCACAACGGCGGCGGCGCGGAGGAAAAGGAGAAAGACGGCGGCGGAGGCGGCGCCGUAGGGAGGCGGACAGCGACGACGACGUGGGCGGCUGGGACCAGAACGCGAGCUGUGCCUGCCGUUCAUCGGGUCAUGGGAUCCGCCGGUGCACCAAGGAGGAAGCGGAGGAGAUAGCCUCGUCAGCCGAAGAACGGAACCGUCAGCUGAUGAGAGAAUGGUGCGAAAUGGCUGAGGCUAACAGCAGCAGCAGCACUCCCCAUCUGCCUGCGUUCCCUCUGUCUGUUCUUCCGGAGGUGACUACGUGGUGCGUCUCCAAACACGAGUGCUACCACCGGGAGUACUGGACCGAGAUCACCUCCGAAACCGCGGCGGACCAUCCCUACUUCAAGCCCUGCGAGAUGAUGCAGGUCUUCUCCCUCAGGUUAUCGACUCCCGCGGAUCAUCCUGCCGACGUCUACGGGACCUUCUCCGUUCGUGACGGCUGGGAGCCGCUCCCCAACUACCUGUUCAAGCGACCAAGAGAUGAUCCGGCCAGGGUUCCGGAGGGCUGCUCGUUCCUGCCGCUUCGCAGCCCCUGCCGCGGGAUGUACGUGCUGCAGUACGUCUUGCUAGACGUGGAUCUCUGGAUGAAACAGGAAAGGGACGGAUCCGCUGACAAGCUGCUGUUUCGUGGGUACGUUGAAUUAAUUGAACGCCAUUCUGCAAGGAUACCGAUCGAAGCUGCGCGGACGGAUCCAUGGCGAUCGUCAUGGCAUCGACAUUCACUAUGCUUUUCUCCCUAACGGCAUCGAGACUGUCAUUCAGGUGCUCGCUGAAACUGGACGUCUGUCGUCAGGUAUGAAAUUCAGUGCGUCGACCAGAGGUUUCGCCGAUGAUGUGGUUUCGCUGUGCGAUGGCACCUUUUGUGGAACCGGGACAGUGUUCGAGCACUUCAUGGAUGUGGAUAAGCGACAGGAACUGCGUAUCGUUCUGGAAAUGGAUGGCUCGCAGUAUAGAUGGGCUUUCAAGGCAGGAGUCGGAGUCCUUGCAGCGCCUCAGCACCCGGUCCCUGGUUUUUCUCAGUAUUUUGCCAUGAAUGUAUCCUUUAGAACAAGGGGCAAAGCAGUGUCAGGAUGGCAGUGGAGCUGCAUCUGCUAUGUACUAUCCACCAAGGCGUAUCUCUAGGGUGUAGGGUGUACUAUCCACCAU